ACAAAAUGAUCAGGUGUAUGGAUAGAGUAGACAGCCAGAGACUUUUUCCUAGGGUGGAGGUAGCUUUUACAAUGGGACGUAGUUUUAAAGUGAAAGGAGGUAGAUAUCGGGGAGACGUCAGAGGUAGGUUCUUUACUCAGAGAGUGGUAGGGGCAUUGCCGGAGAGGGUAGUGGAGUCGGCCUCAUUAGGGGCAUUUAAGUGGCUAUUAGAUAGGCAUAUGGAUGACAGUAUAAGGUAGUGGUGGAGGUUAGAUAGACCUUAGGUUUCAGGUAAAAGUUCGGCACAACAUCGUGGGCUGAAGGGCCUGUACUGUUCUAUGUUUUAUUCUGGGGACCCAAGUUCAAAUUCCACCAUGAUGUUGGAAUUUGAGAUCAAUUUUAAAAACCUGUAAUCUACUGAUGACCAUGAAACCAUUUCCAAUGUUCAGGGAAAAACCAACCUGGUACACUAACGUCCUUUAGGGAAGGAAACUGCCAUCCUAACCUGCCUUAGCUAUUCUGAUCUGUGUGCGACUCCGCACCCACAGCAAUGUGGUUGACUCUUAGCUUUCUUUCGGGCAGUUAGGGAUGGGCAAUAAAUGCUGGCCUAGCCAGCAAUACCCAUAAUCCCAUUGGAAGAGUAAAAAAAUUAAGAAAAGCAGUCUAGCUGUUUUCUAUCCACCCUGUCCAUACUCCUUGUAAUCUUCUACACCUCUCUUGGGUACCCCCUUGACCUUCUCUGCUCCAAAGAAAACACCCUGAGCUUAUCCAGCAACAUCCUGGUGCACGGGUGGUGCAGCGGAGGUUCAGUUGUAUUCUUCCGAUAAUGUGCUGACCAGAACCCAUGCAGUACUCCAGCUGUGGCCUAACCAAAGUCCUGUACAGCUUCAGCAUAACCUUCUUAUUCUGAUCUAUGCCACAACUGAAAAAGGCAAGUGAACCAUGUGCUUCUUAACUACCCUAUUAACUGGCCGUGCUACCUUCAGGGAUCUGUGGACAAACGAUCUAGAUCCCUCUGCUCCUUUGAGAUUCCUCACUAAUCUUUGUAUCAUCCAUAAACUUACUUAUUGUGUGUUCAUGCCUCACCACCUUCUCCACCCCCCAAACACCACCUCUUGUAAUGAAGCCAAUUUUGGAUCCAUCUUGCCAAGUUACUCUGAGUCCAAUGAGCUUUUGCCUUCUUUAUCAGUUUCCUAUGUGGGAUUUUAUCAAAGGUCUUGCUGAAAUCCAUAUAAACUACAUCAACUGCCCUACCCUCAUACAAACACUUGGUCACCUCCUUGAUCACCACCUGGGGAGGCAAUGGCCUAGUGGUAUUGUUGCUGGACUGUUAAACCAGAGACCCAGAUAACAUUCUAGGGGCCUGGGUUUGAAUCCCGCCGUGGCAGAUGGUAGAAUUUGAAUUCAAUAAAAUAUCUGGAAUUAAGAAUCUAAUGAUGAUGACCAUGAAUCCAUUGUUGAUUGUUGGGAAAAACCCAUCUGUUUCACUAAUGUCCUUUAGGGAAGGAAACUGCCAUCCUUACCUGGUCUGGCCUACAUGUGACUCCAGAACCACAGCAAUGUGGUUGACUCUCAACUGCCUUCUGGGCAAUUAGGGAUGGGCAAUAAAUGCUGCCGAGCCAGCGAUGUCCUCAUCCUGUUAACAAAUGAAAGAAAAAAAACCCACCAAAUUUUUUUGGCAUGACCUCCUUUUGAUAAAGCUAUGUUGAACAUCACUGAUCAAGCCUUGCCUCUCAAAAUGGAGAUUAAUUUUCUCCUUCACUUUUUUUCUAUUUUCUCCACUAUUUUCCUUGAUGUUUGUUUUUGUCUGAUGCAUCUUUACAGAGCUUCACACGGACGUUUUUCAGUAAAAUGUUUCAAGGCAUCGCUGCAAAUCCUGCUGGUGGAGGUCAAGGGAACAAGCCAGAACUGUACGAGGAAGUCAAGUUAUACAAAAAUGCCAGGGAGCGGGAAAAGUAUGAUAACAUGGCUGAACUGUUUGCUGUGGUGAAGACAUUGCAGGCACUGGAGAAAACCUACAUCAAGGAUUGUGUCACUCCAACUGAGUACACAGCGGCCUGCUCACGCCUGCUGGUUCAAUACAAAGCAGCAUUUAAACAGGUCCAGGGCUCUGAUAUCAGCACCAUCGAUGAGUUCUGUAGAAGAUACAGGCUGGAUUGUCCAUUGGCAAUGGAAAGGAUUAGGGAGGAUCGUCCAAUCACAAUCAAGGAUGACAAGGGCAAUUUGAACCGCUGUAUUGCUGAUAUUGUGUCGCUCUUCAUAACUGUCAUGGAUAAACUCCGUCUUGAGAUCCGAGCCAUGGAUGAGAUCCAGCCCGAUCUCCGGGAGCUAAUGGAAACCAUGAAUCGGAUGAGUAAUCUGCCAGCGGAUUUUGAAGGAAAGGAGAAAGUUGGCCAGUGGUUACAGAAGCUCAGUGGAAUGUCAGCUUCAGAUGAAUUGGAUGACACCCAGGUGCGACAGAUGCUGUUUGACUUGGAGUCUGCCUAUAACUCAUUCAACAGGUUCCUGCAUUCUUCUUAAGGGACCUCCCAUGACUUGCAGCACUGGACUUAGCCGACCAUUCUUCCACAGUCAUCCACGAAUGGUUUUCUGAAAUGCUGCCGUCCAAUCUUUUCCAAUUGCUAAAUGGGACUUCCUCUUUCUUCAUUCCUGUUUUUUCACCAGGAAUGCAACGUGUUUGUGUCUUUCUGUGUAGAUAUUGUAUCUGCUGUAAGAUAGGUCUGCUCCAUUGUUCUCUGAGCGCUAUAUAUUUUAUUGUAUUUCUCUGAAUAAAAUGGAAGUGAAGUUGC